UAUUUUUCGCUCUCACUCAUUAUCUUUCGCUCUCGCUCGCUUUAUGCGCUCCCCAGCAAACAACAACAUUGCAGCUUCCAGACGCUCCAAAACAUGCACCGGAAAAGAAGCAUCCCCAUCACUCUUGGUGCGGACGCCCAGUACUUCGGACGCGUUACCUUUUGCUGGCUUGUGUGUACGAGUUCGUGCUUGGCUUUAGCAUUUCUUCGACACUUCGUUUGAGUGUUCGGUUUUCGUUGUUGUGCAAAAACAACUUUUUGAAAUAGUUCAUCAUUACCAUCAAACCCAAGAGUAAUUUGUGAGAAGUUUAAAGAUCGACGAAGAUAGAAGUGUGUGUGUGUACGAAAACGUGACUCGAGUGGGGGAAAUAAUUUAAUCGUAUAAGUAGUGAUCUUAUCGGCAUAAAAAGCCUAUUUUUGUGAGUGAUUGAAUAAAAUAUUUUCCGGUGGUUUUAUUCGUGCCAAAGCUUUUAUAAAGUGUAAACAACCCGUUAGUGGUAACGAUUAAAUGAAAAAAGAAGCUGAUAAAAAGUGUUCGAAUACAAAACAUCCACAUCAAGGCUUCAUUUUAAUCGAGUGUUUUUGUGACGGCCUCAAAUAAAAAAACAACGCAAGAAGGCAACAUUAUUUGGUGUCCCGUGCCGCGUUUUGUGAUGUGAAGAUCGAAUAUAAAACAAAACCCCCAAAAAACGGCUACCGGCACGUAUCCAAGCUUCCCGGUACGAAAGAUUUUCCGCAGUUAGGUGGCCGUUGGCUUUUUUUUUGCUGUGACACGUGAAAUAUUAUUGAUUUCUUUUGUGCGAGUACGCAACCCAUAAAAAAGAAAGAUUCCAUCACAGUUUGAAAUGAAUAAAUAGCGUAAAUAAAUUGGCCUACCGACGCUCCCAGUAGUACCAUAAAUUUGACCCGCCCAAGCCAUUUCCGACACUGGGUAAGAGAUAAGAGAAUACGGUCCCCCCGGUUAAGGACCUUCAGCGGUUGAACGGUGAGGGAAAGAAUUUUCCGAAAGCGUGUGGCUAUGUGUGAAUAAAAUUGAUUCCGUUCAAAAGAUAUUGUGUGCAUUGUGAGGAGCUUUUUUUAAGUGGUGAAAAUAUUGCACUUUUUGACGUAAUCUCCGUGAGGCUGAUGGGUGCAUGUAAACAAUAGAGUCCUGGUUGGAAGUUGAAACAACGAAUUAAAAGAAAGGGAAAAUCCUUUAAAAGGUUUUAUAAACGAAUCGAAACACCGCCACACUCCUGAAUAGUCAAAGAUGACACACCUCCAGCGGCACCGGUUGGAGUCAGUGAGUGACCACAGCGGUCCGUCCAGCUCGUCGAGCAAGUCGGACAGUUCGGACGGUUCCGCCUCGGAGAUAUGCGAGGUAAUGCAGGAAUGGUCCCUGGACGGUAGUGAUCCCCAGUCACAUCCGAUGCAGCUGCACCAUCCGAACAACCAUCAGCACCUACUCCAUCAUCAGCAUCACCAUCAUCACCAUCAUCAUCACAACCAUCAUCGCCAUCAGCCACACCAACGUACGCUUCUUACGACUCACGAACAUCUUCAACAUCAGCAGCCACAGCAGCAACAGCAGCAUCUCGGUGGACUCAUCUCGCCGAACUCGAGCUACACCCAGGAGGACGUUGACGAGCAGGAUGACGAUCUCGAGUACAGCAAGCACGACCUCAUCAGUCUGGACAACGGCAUCAUCACCGACUACGAGCGGGCACAGGUCGAGAGCUUCUUCAGCGGACUCGGUACCGAGGUGUACGUUAGCUCUUCGUUGGCCAAUCUGUACGAGCGCGUCGGUAAGGAGGACUGGCGUUUAGUGUUUACUGGCAUUCCGGUGCUGCUACACGACAAAGGCAGCACACGGUCCCGCUGCACACCGAGGGUGUCGUUCGUGCUGGCCGAGCGUGGUACGUGCUUCGCCCUCUGGAAGGAUACCAUCGACAACCUGUCCGACUACAAGGUAGCAGCGGCCGCCUUCCAUACGAUGUGUCUAUCAGCAGAUCAUCGAAAAGUGAUCGGUUUCAGCUUCGAUUCGAACCAGGCGGCCCGUGAAAUGUGGGUCCGGGUAGAGGAGCUGACGAGCAAUCCGGAAAACAUUGCCCUGUCGGCACCGGGCAGAAAGCGCAAGACACAGAAGCGUCCGAAGCCGAUCGUGCUCCCGCCGAAGUCACAAAUUUCGCAACCGUGCCAGUUCAACCACGUUACCAGCGUUACGACCGGUGACACGCAGCGUUACUUCAGCCUGCAGGCGUUCGUUUCGGCACCGAUGAAACACCGCAGCCCUUAGGAAGGUUAAUCAGGCGGGAUGCAAUCGGAACAAAUACCGAACGAUCUUUUGAGACAAUCUCAAAAAACAAACGCAUGCAAAAUCUUGCUUCUCACGUUUAUCCAUGACACGAAUAGUGAUGUGUCCGGAAGUAGGAGUUUAUUUUCAAACUCGCAUACAUUUCGUAGCUAAUCGUUUGCGUCCUCAACGGUUUUUUUUUUCUACGCGUGAUUAACCUCUAAGGACGGUGUGCAAUCAAAGGGGUAUGGAUUUUAGUUAAGCCUAGAGAAAGGAGUUAAAAUGCUGCUAAGUAAUGUAACGAUUGUAUAACAUUCAACUACAUCGCAAUGGCGAACGUGCGUACGAGAAAGAUAGAGUGUAAGAUUUGUGGAAGAAGAGAAGAAAUAUUUUAGAAUCAGAACUACAGCAAUUCUUCCCUCAAAGAGAAUUCAGGUUAUUCAACUCAAUUAUGAUCAAUGGUUUUAUCUAUACUAGACUUAAGAUUCACAUCUCUUCAUGUAACACAGGAACAAAACAAAACAUAUACCCCCUUUUCAGCAGCAAACGAUUGCAUCCGUACCAUACGAAUCGAUCUUGCGCUAAUGCUGAAAACUAGACUGCAGUGCCACAUUUUGUAGAUGCUUAAGUGAUUAGUUUUAAGGGAUGUAGCACUAACCAGAAACAGGAAACUUUGCUGGAAGGAAUGGGUACCAUCGGUUAACCAUAUUUAAAUACCACCACCAUCCGCGGCCGGGUAUCUGAUUGGAAGAAAUGGUCAGUUUGAAUUAAAUGUAUGUCUGUGAUAAACGAAAAUAAGACACAUGAGACAUCAUCAUACGAUGUGAACGCUGGUCGACCAGCGACCAGCAGAAAUUGGUAUGGGAAACGUGUAACGAGGAAAAUAAUCCACAAACUGUUUGUUGUUAGCACAUAGAUGAUGAUUCUUAUUUCACAUUUUCAAUACAUAUAAACUCUACUUAAACACAUCCCACAUUUGGCUUGCACUUGCGCCCCUUGCCAAAGCAUUGAUUACAGUACAUUCCUGUACGAUGUGGUUUUGUAUUUGAUUAAACUGUCACGCAUAUUAAUCAAUGCAAGCAUUCUAAACUGUUGUAAUGUCUAUUAACGAUCAUGCUAUCCAACGUGUACAGAACAGAAGCCCAUUGAAUGUAGACAGCAUUCAGCACAUCACAAUGAAUGAGCCUCACGAUGAGUCGAAUCGUUUGCGAUGCGAGUUUAUAUUGAUAAAUGUAUUUCGGUAGGAUGCUGAGCAACAGUUCCAACGUGCUGUAAAUAUUUGCAAUCAACCUUAUGUGUAGUUUGGAAAAUAAAUUUCAAUUUUAUCAAACGAUUA